ACACACUUGCAAACUCAGGGUCCAAGAGCCAUGAAGGUCCUCGCUGUGCUCGUCCUGGCCGUUUUUACCGGCUGCAAUGCCAAUAUCUUCUAUGCUGAUGCACCAAAGCCCCAGAUAGAAGUCAUGAAAGAUGCUUUCUGGGAGUAUGUUGGCAAAGCCACGCAGACAGCUGAUGACACCCUGCAGAUGAUCAAAAAAUCUCAGAUUGGCCAGGAUAUCAGUAACCGUCUGACAGAAAGUGCUGACUUAGCUAAAACGUAUGCAGUCACCCUGCAGGAUGAGUUUCCUGUUGGAACCCAGGACCUGAUCAACAGAUUCACCACAGAGGCUGAAGUUCUGAAAGAGCGUGUGACCCAGGAGCUGAACACAGCCCGGGAGAAGCUGGAGCCCUACACCGAGAACGUGAAGGCACAGAUCCAGCAGAGAGUGGACCAGCUCAAACAGGAGCUGGCCCCGUAUUCCGAGUCUCUGGAUUCCGAAGCCCUGAGGACCACUCUGAUUCAGAAGAGCGAGGAGCUGAAGGCCAGCAUAGACCAGACUGUCACAGACCUGCAAUAUAUGCUGGAGCCUCACACCAACAAACUGAGGAGCAAGUUGGAGCCCCAUCUGGAGGAAUUCAAACAGAGAGCAAUCCCCAUGACCGAGCGAGUCCAGACCGAGCUCACACAAACAGCCCAGCAGGUGAGAGACAUGGCUGCCCCCUACGUUGAAGAGCUGAGGGAGAAGCUGGACCCCUACGCCCAGGACCUCCGGGAUCGCCUCACCUCUCUUUAUGAAUCCUAUAUCAAAGCCAACUAAGUCAAAGUCCACGAGCCACUGCGCAAAAUAUCUGCAUCAAAUAAAACUGAGUKCCCUUAUCCCUGAUCCCAGUAACAUGUCCAUUUCAGAAACAAUAAUUCACCUUUUUUGAAGGUUGUKGGUAUUGUUAAAUAUGCAAACACUGUCAACAAAAAGUUGAGACAUGAAAAGUUAAAGUUGGUCUGUGACCACACACUGUAUCUUUUUUUCCUAUGUUAUGGAAAAUAAAGUAAAAGCAAAACAAA